CGAGUUCCGAUUAACCCGAUACUCAAAACUGACAGUCAGUGAACCUCCUACACGGCCGCUGAGCGAGUCGCAACACACGACUACGACCACAACACAACCCCCCCAUUACCAUUAUCAAAAUGUCCGCAAACUACGAGCGCGAGCGCCAAAACAAUGCGCGCCUCGACGAACUAGCCUCCAAGGUUUCUGCCCUUCGAGGUGUAACGAUUGACAUUUACGACCAGGCGCGCAACCACGAAGUUAUUGACCAAACGACUGAUACCUUCUCCUCCAUGGGCUCUCAACUCAAAGGCUCCGCCACCCGUCUAGGCCGCAUGGCCGCAUCGGGGAACAAGGUCGCCAUCCUCAAGCUCUCGGGUAUUCUUAUUGGGAGCUUCCUGGUCAUUUACUAUCUUUAUCGACUUUUUGUUGGUUAAAUGAUUCGAAAAAGUCACGACGUGGGAGAGGGCUAAACUCGUUUGAGUAUUGGGUCUAUUGGGUCUAUUGAACUUCGACAUGCGGAUACAUGCCCGGAAGCGAAAGGAAGGGAGGUUCUCUUCAUCGGGUUCACUACAAGAACACAGGGCGAAGGAUGUAGAGGGCGGAACGGUUCGAUUAACGACAAAUAUCAGGAAUGAUAAGACGGAUGCGUGCGAAGCCGGACAUCAAGACAGGAUGGAGUUUGUCCGGAUAGCUUGUUGGAUGUUGGAGUUCUGGCACAGGCGAUGUGCAGUCCGCUUGCUCCAGAAAAGCCGCUACUAGUAUUGCGCAGAGGAGGUGCAAUGUAGGGUGGGGCAAUGGAUGGGAGGGCAGCAGGUCACGCAGGACCGUAGGUCUGUGUUUUGGUGGAUUCUGAACGAAGUGUGGAUUUUGGUUUACAGACUGG